AAAAAGAAGAAGAAGCCGAAGAAGGCGUGUAACCCGGAAGUGUCUUGAGCAGUCGGGGUUGUAGGUGUAAAGAUGGCAGGGGUGUUUGAGGUGGAGGUUGACGGUGUGGAACACGACCAUGGACACGGACAUCGCGACGACGCCUCUCAGAUUGAUCUGUCCCAGCUCUCACCAGAGGAAAAGUGGAGGUUGGAACAUGCUAAAAUGCAUGCCAAACACAAAGGUCAUGAAGCCAUGCAUGCAGAGAUGGUUCUCAUUCUCAUUGUCACACUCGUCAUUGCCCAACUUGUCCUGGUUCAGUGGAAACAGAGACACCCCAAAUCAUACAAUUUGGUAACCCUCUUCCAAAUGUGGGUCGUUCCUCUGUACUUCACCACUAAGCUGCACUGGUGGAGGUUUCUGGUGACAUGGUUCAUCUUCUCUGUUGUCACGGCGUUCAUCAGUUUUCGCGCUACCCGCAAACCACUGGACUGCACCACUCCGAGGCUUGUUUAUAAAUGGUUCCUCCUUUUGUAUAAGAUCAGCUACACCACUGGCAUUGUGGGUUAUACUGUAGUUAUGUUCACCCUCUUUGGCAUCAAUCUUAUAUUUAGAAUAAAGCCAGAAGAUGCCAUGGACUUUGGUGUGUCGCUUCUUUUUUACGGCCUGUACUAUGGUGUGCUCGGUCGGGAUUUCGCAGAGAUGUGUGCGGAUUUUAUGGCAUCUACAGUUGGGUUUUACAGUGCAUCUGGAAUGCCCACUAAACAUCUGUCGGACAGCAUCUGUGCUGUCUGUGGUCAGCCAAUCCUUGUGGAUGUGAGUGAAGAGGGGAUCAUAGAGAACACCUACAGACUCUCCUGCAACCAUGUAUUCCAUGAGUUUUGCAUACGUGGCUGGUGCAUUGUGGGAAAGAAGCAGACGUGUCCAUACUGCAAAGAAAAAGUUGACCUUAAAAGGAUGUUUAGUAACCCAUGGGAGAGACCUCAUGUCAUGUACGGACAGCUGCUGGACUGGCUGCGCUACCUCGUGGCCUGGCAGCCUGUUAUCAUCGGGCUGGUACAAGGCAUCAACUACCUCCUGGGUUUGGAGUAACAACAGCACCCAGUGUAGAAGGACUAGCAUACUUGACUCAAACUGCAGCAAAUAAAUGUCUUUGGUUUCACGGAGACAGGGACUUUUUUUCCCCAAUUACUGUCUCUGUGUUUUGCUGUGCUAAUGUGUCAUCAAAUGAAAUUCUACUAGCAGUCUGAUGUUGGAUGUUUUUGUUGACAUUUGUUUAUGGACUACUUGAAGUUUGGACCUUUUGAAAUUUGCGUAAACUAUUUCCCAUGUGCACAUUGGGUUUUAUAAAAAAUAAAUAAAAUUGCUGUAAAUAUGUGCUCACCAUAAGCACACUCUGGGCCAUGUGCAUGCGUUCUUUGACUGGUGUGAGCUAAGUAAUGAAGGAAAUAGAAUGAUUUAAAUGUUCACUUUUAAUUUGACACUCUUGUGAAUUGAGUUAAGCAUUUCAAAUGACAAGAAAGCAUUUUCCUGAAGUUAUAGUGCACAUGAUUAGCAGACGGUAUAAAGACAGACGCUGCCGGACUCAUUCGGUGGUCAAGCGGCCCUUUGCCCAGUUUGAGUAGGUGUGAUGACACACACAGGUAUGUUGUCGGUGGUGUCGUGUGCAGACGGAAAGAACCCUAAUGAUGACCCCUUCCUUAUUUUUUUCUCAACAUUAUGAAAAUAUUUUGUCAAAUUUGAAGGAAACUGAAAUACUUGUAUGUUUUAAAUUUUAAAUGUUCUGUCAGUGACACAUUGAUGUAUUAUUUUUGAAAAAUCUAAAAAUAUCUGUUCUGUUUCAACUAAAAAUAUUUAAACAUCCUAAAAUAUAUAGAAUAAUGCCUAAAACAAAUAAACUAAUUUGCCAAUGGAAAUUGAGAAUAAUAUGCUUCCCUGUUAGAUUGUUUUUUUUAAAAAGACAAGGAUAUGAGUAGGAAAAUGUAGUAAUGUGUUGGCACAGAUGGCAUUUACCAUCCGUAUUAUCGUGUACCGUUGAACUUGCCAGUAUAACAAGGAUGGGUUAUUUCAGGGAGGAGACGGUGGCAAUGCAGGUAUGCACAAUUUUCCACUGAUCGGGUUGAUAAAGGGAUUUUACUUUUGUGAGUAUGCAAAAUCUGUGUGUUGUGUAGUGUGUGUGUAUGCACACUUUUAGGAUCUCAAGAAAUAAAUGUUUUUCUCUAAUA